AGUAGCAAAAAAGACCCGCACAAAUGAGCAUGGACAGAGCCAGAUGGUGAGGCCGGGAAGAGCGUCGGGUACGGGAGUCCCCAAAUGGAUCGCAACGGAGUUCAAUCGUCUUGAUAAAUACGCUUGAUAAGCCCCGUGCUGGCAGUUCGCAUCCGACGAUAGAUCUCGCCGAGCGACAGUCAUGUUUCCCACUGCUCGCCUUUGCACGCUGAUUGUGGCUGCUGCUGCUGCUCUGAUUGUUGUGGUGGUUGGUGUGUCCGGUAAAGCUCGCCAUCGGGCUGUGGAUUGUCCGCAGAUCAAGUUGAAGCGGCAGUGGGGCGGAAAGCCUUCCCACAAUCUCCACUAUCAGGUGCGUCCCAUCCGCUUUGUGGUCAUCCAUCACACGGUCACCGGCGAGUGCAGCGGAUUGCUGCAGUGCGCUCAGAUUUUGCAGGGCAUGCAAGCCUAUCACCAGACGGAGCUCGACUUUGACGACAUCAGCUACAAUUUCCUUAUUGGCAGCGAUGGCAUCGUCUACGAGGGCACCGGCUGGGGUCUGCGCGGCGCCCACACUUACGGCUACAACGCCAAUGGCACGGGCAUUGCCUUCAUCGGCAACUACGGGGAAAAACUUCCCACGCCAGCUGCCCUGCUGGCGGCCAAACAGCUGUUGGCGUGCGGAGUGAGGCAGGGGGAGCUGAGCGAGGAUUAUGGACUGAUUGCAGGCUCGCAGGUGAUCAGCACACAGAGUCCCGGGCUGACGCUCUACAAUGAGAUUCAGGAGUGGCCGCAUUGGCUCUCCAAUCCUUAAAGUUAUCUAAAGGUGUUUUGACAUUAGACUUUGCUUACUUUGCUGCGUAGAGUGAGAUAGCAUAAGAAACAAA